AGAAUCUUUUCUGCACCGCCCGGAACUGGAAGCUAAAGCCAUCCUUCUCUCUCUCUCUCUCUCUCUCUCUCUCUCCUCAUAAUUAAAACUCGCCUAUAAAAUACUAAUUAAACCAAUUUCCCUUUGGAAUUGGGAUCCAAAACAACUAUUAUGUCUUUUACCGGUGGCCGGCCUCGUCUCACGGCUACCGGAACCCGAAGAAUGAGAAGCUUCCAUAACUUCUGGUGUCAAAAUUGCCGACGCACUGUAAGGAGCCUCUCCGCAAACUCAAAUCAAAUCUUUUGCCCCAACUGUUUCCAUCAGUUACGCUUUGAGCUGGACAUAUCAAGGCGUAGGCUUAUCACUGACCUCGCCGGCCGGGAAAGCUCCUCUGCCGCCCGGCUAUUGGACUCCUUGGCUAUCCUGCUCGACCCCUUUGAAUGGGUAUCCGAAACUGAAACUGAACCGGUUCAACAGUCUUGGAUCACCCUCCAAUUUGUUGGACCGCCUCCUCGUCGGCCACCAACACCCAUUUCUCCAGUACCCGAAAAUAUUGUAAGCGAUGCCGUGGUCGAUAACCUGCUAAAUGAUUUCAUAGAAGGGAUGGCCGUGCAGAAUGACCGGCGAGGGCCGCCGCCGACGCCCGCUUCAGUCAUUGAAGGCUUGCCGAUGGUGAAACUGACGCGAAUGCAUUUGGAUAACGACCCGAGUUGCCCCGUAUGCAAGGAAGAGUUUGAGGUGGGUGGGGAAGUUAAGGAACUGCCGUGCGCGCAUUUUUAUCAUUCAGAUUGCAUUGUGCCUUGGCUGCGCAUCCACAACACUUGUCCCGUUUGCCGCUACGAGCUGUUACACAAUUCUUGCGACGACAACGACGAUCUUGAAGACGCCAUUGAUGAAGAUUUUCGAGUUGAAGACGUGACAAACGGACUGACCUGGUGGUGGAGUCAGCUGUUGUCUUUGUGGCCUUUCCGUGCACUCUCAGAUUGGACACACCGCCGCCUUCAUAUUGGAGAUACUAGCUCUCACAGGGCUAUUAUGUCGAGUGUCAAGUUCAGAUCAUGUCGAGGUAGCUCCUGGUGGCGCUCUUGGCCCAUUCUAUAGCUUUGUAUAAUAAUAUUUGUUUCUAAGGAAGGUAAAAAUAGAUUGUGAUAAUUAUUUUAAAGAUAGCCCGAAGCUUAGCAGUUAAUUUUCUUCUAAGGGGCGAUAUAUGCUUUGAGAUCUUCAUUACCUUGAUGGGUUUGGUUUUGGAAAUUGUAACAGUAAUUAACCAGUUUAUAUGUAAUCUUUCAAGAGUUAUCUGAUCAACC